AUGGCUCGGCUCAGGGACUCGCGCUCACCAUCUCCUGCAGGAAGUCUCUCUGCGAGAAAACGAAAAGACGACGACCGCCGUGACCGCGACCGUCGCGAUGGCCCUGUCGACCACCGCCGCCGUUCUCGCAGCCCCAUAGACCGCCGAUAUCGCGACCGGGAUCGCGACCGUGGACGAGAUGGAAGGGACCGCGACUCUUAUCGCCGUAGGGAUCGAUCUAUAGACCGCCGAGAUGACGACUACUAUCGCGGCUCACGUCGUGAUGGUGACCGCCGUCGGUCACGCGAUAGAGGCCUAGACAGGCUUCGUUCCCCAGACCGGCGCAGGGACCGAAGUCGGGAUCCGGACCGAGAGUACCGCCCUCGGCGAGACGAUUCGCGUGAUCGGGCCCGAGUGCGUCGUGAAGGCACUGCUGAAUCAUCCUCACAUCGUCGUGAUGACGCUCGAGCACGCGACCAGCCGAAGCCAGGCAGCACAACAGUCAAAGAAAACGAGCCAGCUAAGUCUACACCAACCCAACCGCAAACAGAGGCGGAGAAAAAGGCUGAACGACUACGAAAACUGCAAGCGAUGAAGCAAAAGCACGCUCUCAAGGAGGCAAAGGAAGCAGACGUUACCGCUGGGCUCACUAGGAAACUCUUCAUGGAGAUGGAUCAGAGAGCCAGCGGCGCCGUAGUCGGCAGUGGUACCAACAGUCCUGCGCCUGCGAGCCCGGCAGCCGCCGAGUCCCCGCCAAGCCCUGCCCCCUAUGUCGGCAAGUUUGAUCCCAAAGCCAUUGCGCGGAAUGCUAAACCAGCACGUGCCAGUUCCCCGGUAAGGUUAGGCGACGUGAAGCUAGGUGAUGUGAAAGUAGGUGCCCCGGUGGCGGCGGCGGCGAGUAUAGCUGGCCAGGGGAAGGGUGUCGCAUCGGGCAAAGCAGGCUUACUGCAAACUGGGAGGCCUAUCAGUACAUUCGGGUUCAACAAAUCCGCCGAUGCCCUCAAAACGACAACUAAACGGAAGAUUGACAUGGGAGAUGAAGAAAUCAUCAAGCGCAAGCUUGUCAAACUCCCUGACCUGGCCCUCGAGAAUGCUGACGAUAUCCCAUACGCGGACGAUGACGUGGCGGAAGACGCGGAGAAGGAUUUCGACGUACUCCUUGCCGGCACCGAGGAGGACCGCGCUGAAGCCCAACGGUUGCUGCGCGAGCGGCGUGAGGAGCAAAUUCAGAAAGAGAGCAUGGCUAUGGAAAUCGACAGUGCCCCUCCCAAUAUGGAGGUUGCAACCGAGCCUGUGGCGCAAAAUCCGACAGCGAUGGAUGUAGACGACGAAGUCGACCCACUCGAUGCCUUCAUGGCUGGACUUGAGCAGACAGCCUCUGGCGAGGAGUCGCACUCUAAAGCUGAUACGCAGACCGAGAAGAAGGGCAAUAUUCCGCCCGAGGCCUACUUCAGUGAUGAUGACUACGGCUAUGAGGCAGAUGGGACCGACCCUACUUCCAUUCUCGCCAUGGCUUCCAAAAAGAAGAAGAAGGAUAUCCCCACGAUCGACUACAGCAAGCUCGACCUGAAUCCUAUCCGGAAGAACUUCUGGGUUGAGCCGUAUGAGUUAAGUCACAUGAGCGAAGGAGAACUGGCUGAGUUGCGAUUGGAGCUUGAUGGCAUCAAAGUGUCCGGGAAGAACAUCCCCAAGCCCGUUCAGAAGUGGUCUCAGUGCGGCCUCACCCGUCCUAUUCUCGAUACCAUUGAGAGCCUUGGGUUUGAAAAGCCUACGCCGAUUCAGAUGCAAGCUCUGCCUGUCAUCAUGUCAGGGCGUGACGUGAUUGGCGUUGCAAAGACGGGAUCUGGUAAGACAAUGGCUUUUGCCCUGCCGAUGCUCCGCCAUGUCAAAGAUCAAGACCCCGUUACCGGUGACGAUGGUGCCAUUGCGCUUAUCAUGACCCCGACCAGAGAACUCUGUACGCAAAUUUACUCAGACUUGCAACCGUUUGCAAAGGCUCUCAAGCUUCGCGUUGUCGCUGCUUAUGGUGGAAACGCCAUCAAGGACCAGAUCGCCGAGUUGAAGCGCGGUGCUGAGAUCAUAGUAGCCACACCAGGUCGUCUAAUCGAUCUUCUUGCGGCCAAUGGAGGACGUGUAACAAACCUCAAGCGUGCUACUUAUCUAGUCCUUGACGAGGCUGAUCGAAUGUUCGACAUGGGCUUUGAACCCCAGGUCAUGAAAAUCUUCAACAACGUCCGCCCAGAUCGCCAGACCAUCCUCUUUUCUGCAACCAUGCCCAGGAUUAUCGAUGCGUUAACCAAGAAGGUCCUGCGGGACCCUGUCGAGAUUACUGUGGGUGGGCGCAGUGUCGUAGCACCCGAGAUCACACAGAUCGUUGAGGUCAUGGACGAGGGUAAGAAGUUCAACCGUCUGCUAGAACUCCUCGGAGAGCUUUAUGCGGACGACGACGAUGUCCGUUCCUUGAUCUUUGUGGAGAGGCAAGAAAAGGCUGACGAUCUAUUACGCGAACUCUUACGGCGCGGCUACGGUUGCAUGUCUAUCCAUGGAGGUAAAGACCAAGAGGACCGAAACUCGACCAUCUCUGAUUUCAAAAAGGGUGUGUGCCCCAUCCUCAUUGCAACCUCGAUUGCGGCCCGUGGCCUGGAUGUCAAGCAGUUAAAGCUCGUCAUCAACUACGAUGCCCCUAAUCACUUGGAAGACUAUGUCCACCGCGCUGGGCGUACUGGACGCGCCGGUAACACGGGUACGGCAGUCACCUUUAUAACCGAAGAGCAGGAGAAUUGCGCAUCUGGCAUUGCCAAAGCGUUGGAGCAGAGUGGCCAGCCCGUUCCAGACCGUCUGAAUGAAAUGCGCAAAGCAUGGAAGGAGAAGGUCAAGGCUGGCAAAGCCAAGGAUGCCAGUGGGUUUGGCGGCAAAGGUCUUGAGAAGCUCGAUAAAGACCGUGAGGCCGCUCGCAUGCGUGAACGCAAGACCCACAAGGCGGAAGGCGAAGAGGACGAUGUCAAAGAAGACGCUCCUGCAGAAGAUGGCGAGAAGAAGGACAAGACCAAGGUUGCCAUCCAGUCCGCUGUAUCUGCCAUUGUGUCGCGCGAUGCCUCCAAGGCGGAGACCGAUGACAAGCACGCCAUCCCCGCGGGUGCCGUCAAGGCCGGGCAUCACGCAAGCAGCGGCAAGAGCGGAGGGGCUCUGGACAAGGCGGCGUCCGCCAUCAGCGAGAUCAACGCACGUCUCGCCCGGGCCGGUCAGCUCCGGCCUGGUCAGCCCAUUGACAACAAGGGUCCCGACGCGGGCGCGUUCCACGCAACCCUCGAGAUCAACGACUUCCCCCAGAAGGCUCGUUGGGCUGUCACCAACCGCACCAACGUUGCCAAGAUCCUCGAAGCCACGGGAACGUCCAUCACCACAAAAGGCAACUACUACCCUCCUGGAAAGGAGCCAGGUCCGGGUCAAGAACCAAAGCUGUACAUUCUCAUUGAGGGUGAUACCGAAGUUGUCGUUGGCAACGCGCUGUCGGAGCUUACUCGUCUGCUUAGAGAGGGCACGAUGGCGGCGGCGGAUGCUGAGAGCCGUGCUCCUGCUAGCGGUAGGUAUACGAUUACGUGAUAGUCUGGGGAAAAUAGUGGGUGUUCCAAGUGUAAAGGUCAGCUUUUCACUUGAUGGGGUUUUCAUCUAAUUAGGGUGACGUACGUACACAGGUGCGAAGAGGUGGUGGUUGGCGAUAUAGUAUAUCUACGAUCAGGUAGUUGCUCAUAAAUGCAUUAUAGAUUGAUACGU